GGUAACAAUCACCCCAAAAAAGCUGUUAAAGAAUAAACAAACCAGGAUGGAUGAGCUUGGUGGUGCGUGCUCUAAUUCUUCCAUUGAUUCUUCAUCCGAAAUUAAGGACGAUUUAAUUCAGCAAAGAAUCACCCAUAUUCGGAAGCAGCUCGAUGACACAUACAAUUUGUUCCUCAACGCAAAAGAGGCUUUGUCCUCCAUAACGUUCGAUAACCUCAGUGAAAAGCUCUCCAACGAUGCGGUGACACCUUCAGACACCACGGAAAACAUGCUUGUGGUUGGUGCCGACAAUAAAAUCGAUGUGGCGAAAUCGCUCGAAAAUCUAAACAACACUCCAAGAAGCUCCGGAACCAUCGACAAGUAUGAAGAGAUCCCUGAAUUGAACAAGUUCUUCAACGUGAUGGCUGACCUCAAGGAAGGCAUUAAGAACAUAUCGAAACACCAGGAGUCCAUAGCCAACCUGAAUGCGGACAUUGAUACCUUCAUGGAUCACGUCUCGAGCACUUCCGUUGAGGACCAGCUCGAGAACAUUUCCCUAGAAGACACCACCCAAUAAACACUUACCAUCACAGUUCGUUGUGCAGUGCAUUGCAUCGGCGUCACCGCUUCCUUGUCUACUGGAAUGUUAGUCUUCUGAACCGGGGUUCUUCCAUGAACCGUUAUAAACGUAAUUCCACAUGCUUCCAGCUGACGGCACAUAUCGAUCGUGGCACUCAAAGAUUUCUGUAGCAACCGAACCUUGAC